ACAAUAAUGACGACGACAAGGAGAAGGGCUUCUCCGUCGCGGGGGGACCAAUGUCAAAUUCAAGGACAGGCCGGUAUCAUCAGACUGGUAACAGUAGCAUUUGUCCUCACGACAUUCUUUCAUCGCUCUGGUGAACAAUUCUUGCUGCUGGAUUGUACGACUCAUGCAUUCGUUCAAAAAAAUGCUGUAUCUCAUGGAAAACAUCCUUCUGAAAAACCAUACCGGUUUCAUUUGGAAUAUGCGACAACGACAACGACAACGACAACGACAACGACAACGACAACGACAACGACAACGACAACGAAAAUAAGUUCAUUAGAAAUGAGAAGCACCGGUUCAUACCUCGAUAUUUCGAUUGAUCCAUUGGUGGCAAGAAUUUUUGAGGACGAACGGGAAAGUUUAGAGGAUGAAAGUGAUGACCUGUUCAUGGAAUCCCUUCGCAGUGUCAAAUCCGGAAUUUUAGAAUCUUCUCGGGGAAUGUUUGUUUGGCGGCAGACCCUAGCCAAGGGACGGUUGCCGACUGAAUCAGACUUUGCCAAUCCCACCUCUUCCGUGCGAUUUUGGCCUCCAGCGCCGCUCUUUUCCUGUUUGCUAGAUGCUGCGAAUUCUCUGCAGCUUUCUCGCCUAGCGCUGCGCCAUCCAGAAACUAUACCGAUGAUCCUUCGGUCAAUUUUGCGAAAGACGUUUGAUUAUGCCCGUCGGAGGAUAGACAAGAAAAUCGACGCGAUCGACAGCGGCGAUGAAGAAAAGGAAGACGAGGACGAGAACUAUUCAUACGAUUGGGAAAGGGACACUGAAAGCAGUGCUAGAGAUGAAGAGGAGUUUCUUUUCCCUCUAGAUUCUCUUCUGAAUGACGACGACAUAGCCCGAGAUGUUGCAGAAAGUCUUGUUGAAGAAUGGAGUGAGGUAGUAAAGGGUGUGAGUCUCAUGGAUGACAUCUUUGGAUUUGAUCAUGAUUUACUUUCAUCAGGUGAAGAAGACGACGGCGAUGGAGAUGAUGACGGAGGUGCCGCCGGUGCUGCCAUGGGUUUUGGAAUGCGUGACGGGAUUUGGUCUCACACGGGUUGGCAGUUGAUCCCUGAUUUGCAGCAACAAAUUUCGGAUAUUCCAGAAUUGAAUGAUCUCGUGCAAAAGUUGGGACGUCGACCCAGUGCAGAAGAGGACGGCAGCAAUCGUCGCCGGUUUGAAAAAUUUGCUCCUCGAAAACCGCAUCCAGAGGGUGGUCUUGGGGCCGAAUUCGAUCCUUGUUUGCGUCGGGAGUCGGUGUCGGGCAUCGCGCUAUCGGGGAAUCCCUCUGAGAUGCUUCCUUCCGAAGCAGUACUUCUCCGUUCUCGCGUUGACAUCGACGAGAAAGGGACGUCAUCUUCUAAGGUACUUCGAAGAUUGUUUCUGGCCAAAAUGGCCGAAUCCAAACUUCAAAGUUACGAACUUUCCGGCUGGGCCGAUAUCCCAAGUAUGCCGAGGGAAAACCCACUCUAUCUGAAUCGCCUACCCUCAGCACCUGGUGGACCAAUCAUCGUGUGCCUAGACACUAGUUGGUCAAUGUCGGGAAACAGAGAGUCUUUAUCGAAGGCUGUUGUUUUGGCCUGCGUCAUAGAGGCACGCAGACAGGGACGCGAAUGCCAGGUCGUUUCAUUCUCGACAGAGCGAAAAGUGAUGGAAACUGGGGUAAUCACAGCAAACUCUGAAGGCAUCAAACGUUUGUUAGCAUUUCUUUCCCAUUCUUUCGGCGGUGGUACUGACGUGACCGGAGCCUUGAAAUUUGCAAUCGAAGCUCUAGAAAGCGAUGAUAAUGAACUGUCAAACAACGGUACUCGUACAGAAAAUUUCUGCAUGGAAGCAGCAGACAUUUUAUUAGUCACCGAUGGAGAAAUUCCGGAUCCCCCGGUCCCACUUGAGGUCAUGGAAUCUAUUGAUAGAUUGAAAACGUUGAAGGGUAUUGAGUUACACGGGUUGUUGAUCGGCAAGUCCGAGAGCAAACCACUGUCACGCGUAUGCACCCACACUCACGAUUUCCUAUCGAAGUAUAGUAUUCCAUCUGCGUUUACAAAUGCUGGACUUAAUGUCCAUUCUUCAACUCAUAAUGUCCUUCGGCAACAAGGGCAGAUGAGUACAACGCAGCUGUAUGCUAAGAGGUCAUAUUAUGACGACGACGACGACGACUAUAGUUAUGGUCGUAAACGCAAAAGUCAAAAAAAAGGCAAACGAAAAUGGGAUGUGCAGGAUGAAGAUGAGGAAGAUUACGAGGGUUCGUGGAUGAAAACGACUGAAGGAAGGAAUCCUAGUUUCGGCGGAAUGAUUGAGGGAAAAAUGAAAGGUAUGGAUGACGAUGAUCAAGUUUUGGGAUUGGGUGAAGGUAAGAAUGAUGUUGAGACUACUAAGUCAGUCUUUGCCGUAUGCAAUCGUUUGUUGUAGUAAGAAGAAAUCUCUAAAAUUAAUGUCUCUCUAUAGACAGUGUCGACGAGGAAUUUUCAAUUCUGCAAAAAGAAGCCGCUGAUACAGUUGUAAGAAAGCUUUGGACUGAAGAAAAGCUCGCCGAAGAGAGGGCAGCCAGUGAUGAAUGUUGGGAGGCACACACACACCUCAAUGCUGCUGUCGCUAGAGUGGAAGAUGGAUUGGUGGAAAGAGGAGAAGAUGCACGUCUCGUGGUGUUGGCAAUGAUCGCAAACGAACAUAUCCUUCUUUUGGGAAAGCCUGGGACAGGUAAAUUCGACGUAUUUUGAAGCUGUAAACCGUCUGAAAUUGUUGAAAAUAAUUACAGACAACUUAUUCUGAUCUUGCAUACCGCACUUCUUUCGAAAUGUUUGCAGGGAAGUCAAUCUUGGGUCUUCGGCUUGCAAAGCUGUGUGAAGGAACUUUCUUCCAACGGCUUCUCACUCGUUUCACAACUCCGGAAGAAUUAUUUGGACCCUUGUCUCUGAAGUCUCUUGAGAAUGACGAGUAUCGCAGAGUGACAUCUGGGUUUCUACCUACAGCUGAUAUAGCCUUCCUUGACGAAAUUUUCAAAGCAAACAGUGCAAUCUUAAACACAUUGUUGACAAUUUUGAACGAACGCAAGUUUGACAACGGCGGAAGUAGAGAAUCGUGCCCUAUGAGAUGCGUCGUGGGAGCUUCGAAUGAACUGCCUGACAGCGAAGAGCUUGUUGCAUUGUACGACCGAUUUCUCAUUCGGAAGGAAGUGAUGAGGGUAUCCGACCAAGGUGUUUUGGAACUCUUGUCCAUGUCCAAUCCUGGAGAAUCUUCGUGCACAACAAAUAGUGACGAAGGCUGUGACAUCCCGCUCGUUAGUGAUUUAGAUGGCAUUAUCGAUUCGUUGUCAUCAGCCGCGGAUUCAAUAGUUAUGGACGACGAUGCCUGCGAAUUAAUGCGGGACAUGAGAUCUUUUUUGUUGGAAAAUCACGGCAUAGAAAUCAGCGACAGGCGUCUUGUAAAAGCUGCCCGGCUCUUGAAAAUUAGUGCUGCAUCGGACGGGAGGAAAAAAGUGGAUACCGUAGAUUUUCUUCUGCUGCAGCACUGCUUUUGGAACGAGCCAAGUCAACGAGCAAUCAUUCGCGAGUGGAUGUGGGACAAUCUAACUCCUUCGGACGGCGACACCGGCACAUCUCCAAACCAGAUACGAUUCCUUCUCGAAAAUCUGAGAAAGGAAAUCCGGUCAACCCUGCGCAAGACCAACGGUUGCAUCGACGGAUCUUUGGGAGGAACACCCGAUGACAUUGCCAGCCUCGAUGUUUUGAGGGAAGAGUCCGAACGCAUUGCAACGAUUGCACAGCAGAGGCUCGACGCCCUGGCUCGACACAUGGAGCUGGUACGGACCUCCGGUGAUUUUACGUGGAUUGAACCGGACGACGCCAGCGCAAUCCAGCAGCUGCUUCUUCCCCGAGCAGAGAUGGUCUGGCCCCAGCUGAAAAAGGUGGCGGAGGAUGCCAUCGCCCUGUGGAUGGCAAUAUCGCCUCCGAGUUCGUCCCGGAUCCCAAACGAGCUCCGGGAGAGUGUCAUCGAGAUGCUGUGGGAAGACGGCAGCACGCUGGCCAGGGCCUUUACCGACGACGAGCUCCAAAUCAGCUCGAAAGAAGCAAAAGCAAAGUACGAUCUAGAAACCUUUCGAAGAUGGAAGAGGACCAAGAAAAAGGCCAACAAGGCAUCGAAAUAAAAAUGGCUCAAUUUCGGUAUUUUUGGCUCUUUAUUAGAUCUCUGGGAAUCAAAACUCCUGCUUUUC